CAGGACGACCGUUAUAUGCCUGAACGAAAACUACUGUUAGUGGUCUCAGUUAGCAUCAAGAUGAGAGCAAACUAAGAAACUUUAUCCACGUGGCAUGUGUGCUCGGAAAGGAUUCAAGAAAACAGAUGCCCAUUCCAGUGUUUGCCCUGUAGCUGCAGUGGUGAGGAACUCUGACUGUUUUUAAGCUGCACUUAUGACUGCUGCCCUUCUCAAUGAGGUAUAGAGGAGCUACAAUCUGUCUCUGGGCACAAGGCUCAUGCUGUCUGUCCCGCCUCUGCCCUCCCAGGGGAAUCACUCUGGUCCGAACCUAUAGCACUCAUCAUCAACCUGGCUUACCACCUCCCUCUAACCCCUCCCCUCCUGAUGGUAAAGGAGGAGCUGAGGUGGUGAAGGAGCGCACACUUGCAGCCUUACAGCAUGCAGGUGAUGUGGGGCGGCAGUGGGGUCAGAGGUCGGCGCAGACAGCCACUUCCACGGUCAACUACUGGUGGGAGAGAUACGAGGAGUUUGUGGGCUUGAAUGAGGUCCGCGAGGCUCAGACAAAGGUCACAGAGGCGGAAGCAGGGUUCAUGGUGGCCAGGGGAAUGGUGCGUGAGGCACAUGGCAGCCUGGAGGCCCUGCAGGGCAGGCUGAAGGAGCUCAGGGAUCGGCUGGACAGAGUCUCCAGGGAAGAGGUUCACUAUCUGGAACUGGCCACACUAGAGCACAAACUGCUGCAGGAGGAGCGUCGUGUCCGGAAAGAGUAUGAGAAUGCAGAGGGUUUGGAGAGGGAGAAAUUUGCCUUGUUUUCAGCAGCAGUUAGGGAAAGCCAUGAGAAGGAGAGGACGAGAGCUGAACGCACCAAGAACUGGUCCAUAAUUGGCUCAGUGCUCGGAGCCCUGAUUGGGGUCAUGGGAUCAACAUACAUUAACCGCGUCCGCCUGCAGGAGCUGAAAAGUCUGCUGCUGGAGGCCCAGAAAGGUCCAGAGAGUCUCCAGAAAGCCCUUGAAGUCCAGGCUGGAAACCAUCGCUCGCAGCAGGACGAGCUGCGAAUGCUUAUAGACAGCCUCAAAGUCGCCCUGAGUGACGCCUUCACACAAAGGAACACCAACCUGAAAGACAAAGAAGGUCCAACUUCAGAUUCACAUAAUGUGCCUCUUUCAGCCUUUAAAGAUCUCUACAUUGGCAGAAGAAGAACUGAGUCCCUCCUGGAGUCCCUCACACCGCAACUGGGACAGCUGGAGCAAGGACUCGGGAGAGUUGAAGGGGGAUUGUUAAUGGUGAGGAAGUUGCUGGAGAGCCGGCCACAAAGGGAAGUGCAACCUGCUGAACUGCAAUUUGAGAGACCAGAGAGAGGGGACCAGUGGGAGUCUGAGGCAGCGCUUAGGAGUCUAGAGGAGACCCAGAGGACGCUGGGAGAACGAAUCAGGACAAACACGAUAUAUAAUGCCAUGUUUACCUACACUGCCACUGCCAUCACUGUGUCUGCUGUCUACCUUUUGCUCAGAGGAACUGGUUAGACUUCAGCUUAAAUAUGAUCACAUACACUGUAAUACUGUCAGGCACUGGGAGCAAUUAUCUAAAUGAAUCAAUGCAGAAGACAGCUUAUUCAGAAACUGACUACAAGUGUUGGUUUGAGUUUCAUCAUCUCUUUCUGCUUUUUACUGCAGUAAUGAAGCACAUAAGUACUGUGGCUGCUUCAACGUAUUCUUGGUACUUCUCAUUUAUUGCUCAUCGAUGUAGCUGGGUAUUUUCCCCAAUUGUCAUACUGACACAUAUUUUCCCACCUACUUGCAGAAAACAUCAGGUAUCCUAUUAUAGCACAUUACUACGUGUACUAUUUUUGUGGUUCCCCACUGGCAAGCCCAGACAUAAAAUACAAAGCUUAAACAUUUCAAAUUUAUUUUAAUGUAAAGUCCUCAAACAAAACUGUGAACUUUUGCCCUGACAGGUAUUAUUUGCCUGUCAGUGGUCUUUUUGAGCCAGUGCUAAAUUUUACUUGCUUUGUAUCAGUGGUUCUCAAGCUUUUUCUGUCAGGCCCCAUUUCAGAGGACAAAAAACUUUCGGGGCCCCCUUUGCCUUAAAUACUCAUGAAAUAAGUAGAGUUUAAAUUUUUUUAAAUUAAAUAAAUAUUACAAGCAGUCCAAUUAUGCAACAACUUAACAUGUUCAGCGAUUAGUAAAAUUAACAGUAGGGCUGCGCGAUAUGGCCUAAACAAAGAUCUCAGAUUCUUUCACAAAAAAUCGCAAUUCACGAUUUAUUCGAUUUUUUUGGACCCCCUACCUAAAAUCAAUUUGCAGAUUACAAAGAAAUUGUUCAAAACUAGUGAUGUCACAUAACCUGAACCAAUUCCAAACAAGAAAAGCACUCAGAGAGUGCAGUACUCCGCCAAGGAUGCUCAAUUGACGUAUCAUUUCCGACGGAUGACAUCUUCAAUAAACAAUUACCCUGUGCUAAGUACAGGCAUAUGUUA